UCUAAGGCUGGCAUUGAGCUGCCAGGGAAAGGGCAGGUGUGGUCAGAAGCACCGGCAUCGUUAGGGUUCAGCUUUCCGGGUUAAACCCCCGAAUGUUUUAGUCGAGCCCAGAAUAUCUUGGGUGUGAAAAAGAAAAACGUUGGCUGGAGUUUAACUUUAAAGGCACGCGCUGGAAGUGAAGGAGAGGUCUGCCAAUCAAUUUACUAACGGUUUCAAUAAUCUCAUUUAUACAACGGAUUGGUCCGGUCCAUUGUCUUUAUUGGUCAGUUUGCGUUCCAGUCGUGCCAAUAUCCACGAUAUACGCACAGAGCGGCACCUUGGAGGGGGGAUCAGCACCCAGGCCAGCUCCACCCAGGGUGAGGCGCGUGUGGAAUGUGACCACACGCCGCUAAUAAACUUUUCAAUUAAACAGGCGUGCUCAAGAAAGUGCUCAAGGAAGUGCUCAAGAACAGAACGGGGCUCAGGAUAGAGGAGGAGAGACCCGGAGCUAGUGAAUGCAACGCCCAUUGAAAGCGCACACCCCCUACUCAAGAGAGCCGUGGCGGAUUUGCGGAAGAGGCUUCGCGGAAGACACAAAAGUCUGGAUUCACGUGAGCGUGUCAUUCUAAAAAUACCCCAGCUAACCUGUCCCUCUCCAACUGCAGACGAACUGACUGGCUAGGUGGAGAAGGAGGACUUCCAAGGCCGGGAAACCCGAGAAGUGGACGGCCCCGCCAACGACCAAGACGGACCAACGCAACCGCGAGGAUUCCGGCUCUUUUUCGUUUUUCUUUUUUAAUGUUCCUAAUUUUUUGGCCGCUCCUGAAUUUUUUCUGUUUUUGAGAAAGGACUCGAAUUUUUUGUACAGGACUACUGAGACGUGCCUUAAAGGCAGUAAUAGAAAAAAAUUAAGAUCAUUUUUGUUUACCAUUUCUCUCUCUCUCCCUCUCUCUACCAGCGGGUUACCACAUAUAGUGGAGAAUGCGGGCACAGUGAACCCAGCUAUAGAGAGAGAAGCCCCAACGUGAGAGUAAGCUCAACAACCCGGGAACAUGGAGGAGGCCAUCCACGCCCUACUGCGCACCCAAGGCGCCCUGCAGAAGGCUGUGGCGGAGCUGUGCCAGAAGACUAGCCCGGCGGCACCCCACCGGACCCCCGAAGGAUGUGCUACUCAAGCAGACCUCCGAGGAUGAAGUGGAGGCCUACCUGGAGACCUUUGAGCGGGCAUCUGGAGAAAUGGCCCCAAGAGGCCUGGGGCUCCAUCCUGGCGCCAUUCCUCAGCGGGGAGGCUCAGAAAGCCUACCGAGGCCUACCUUCAUCCGAAGCCCAUGACUACCCCACCCUGAAGGCCGCUGUCCUAGCCUGGUAUGGCUACAGCCUGCCAGCCCGGGCCCAGAGGUUCCAACAGUGGACCUACGACCCCGCCCUCCCGGCGCGCGCCCAAGUGAUGGCCCUGGGAAGACUGACCAAAAGUUGGCUGAUCGAGGGCGACGGGCCGCCCCUACUCAACCGGGUGGUGUUGGACCACUGUGUCCGAGCCCUACCCCCCGAAAUGAAAAAGUAUGUGGCCCAAUAGGGGCCGCGCUCCAUUGAUUCCCUGGUGAACCUUCUGGAGAACCACCAGGUGGCGCAGGAGAUGACUAAACCCGACCGGCCCCGAAGACCUCCAGCUGUCGUCCGACCGGAGCCUCGACCCAGCUCAAGCUGGAAGGGGGGCGACAGGGCGGAGGGGCCCCGAUGGAGGGAGACAAGGCGGUGCUUCGCCUGUGGCCAGGACGGCCACUUAAGCCGGGAUUGUCCAGGGAGGGAGGAGUCCAUGGCCACAGCACCAGAGACGGGCCGACCAUGCCACUACCUCUCCACAUGCUGGGCCCACAAGGGCACUGCUGCCCCCAGACUACCCAUCCGGGUUGGGGGCCAAGACGCUGAGGCCCUACUGGACUCCGGGAGCGCCAUUACACUGGUGAGACCGGCUCUAGCCGGAGAGAGGCGUGGCGAAGACAUCGCCGUCACGCGCAUCCAUGGGGAUGUGCGACACUACCCCACCACCGAGGUAACUAUCACCACCCUUAGGGGGCGAUUCACCGGACAGGUGGGCGUGGUGGAGAAUCUACCCGUGGCGGUGCUGUUGGGAAGGGACUGCCCCCUCUUCCUUAGCUACUGGACUGAGAGGCCGACUCUGGAGAGGCCAACCACCGCCCCCCGACCCCGCCGAAGGGGCCGCCGGGGGCCACACCCGGUUUGGGCAGCCACCACUGGGGAGAGUGACGGAGAGGAGACCCCACCCCAAGGGGGGAGGAGACCCACGACGCGCCCCCUCACGGAGACCACGGACACCGCCCCGGAGGGACCGAACCCACAGCAACCCCUAGAGGCGGAAAGAAGUAGCACCGGGGAAUUUUCGGAGAUCCAACCGCGGCUAGAAAAGGCACCCACAGAUUUUGGCUCCGCCCAGCUGCAAGACCCGCUCCUCACCCAGGCCUGGAAAGAUGUGGCCUACAUUGAGGGUGUCCCACAAGGCGGGGUGAGUAGGCCGACGCUACCUUAUUUUAAAGUGCGUAAUUGUUUAAUUUAUCGGGCCUGUACAGUUAAUGGGGAGGAAAUAGACCAGCUCCUUGUACCCCAGUCCCACACCUCCAAGAUACUGUAUCUCGCCCACACCCACCUGUUGGGGGCGCACCUGGGACGGGAGAAGACACAGGAAAGGAUCCUGUCCUGGUUCUACUGGCCCGGCAUAAAGAGAGCUGUGGAGGACUACUGCCGGCAGUGCGCGGUCUGCCAACUUCAUAGCCCGAAGGUGACGUAUCGCAACCCCUUAAUACCCCUCCCUAUUAUAGAUGUGCCGUUCCGCCGGAUCGCCAUGGACAUCGUGGGGCCCCUACCCAGAUCUAGCCGAGGCCACCGCUACAUCUUGGUGAUCAUGGACUACGCAACCCGCUAUCCUGAGGCCGUGCCACUCUGA